GAGGUGAGGGAGGGGUGUGGGGGCACCCAGGAAGGCAGCAGCAGCCAAGGAGUUCAGGAGAGGCAGGGAAAGACCAACAGAUGCGGUUCUGUGCUCUCUCCUCUUUGGGGCCAAAGCCAGAGAAAGCACAGCCAGUUGCAUAAUCCUUCUAUUUGCUCAGAUUUACAUUUUGGCCUGAAGCUCCCUGCCCCGGGGAGGUGCCUGAGGAAGGCACCCAGCAAGGACCAGCAGUCAGCAGGUGAGCAAGGGGUGUACUGGGUCCUCGGCCUUCCCUCCACCGCGACCACAGAGGAGAAUGGAGGCCCUCAACGAGUCCGCUCCCAUCAACUUCACCCUCCCGCACAACUUCGGCAAACGGCCCACAGACCUGGCUCUGAGCGUCAUCCUGGUGUUCAUGCUGCUCAUCAUCAUGCUCUCCCUGGGCUGCACCAUGGAGUUCAGCAGGAUCAGGGCGCACUUCCGGAAGCCUAAGGGACUGGCCAUCGCCCUGGUGGCGCAGUACGGCAUCAUGCCCCUCACUGCCUUUGCACUGGGCAAGCUCUUCCGACUGAACAAUGUCGAGGCGCUGGCCAUCCUGAUCUGUGGCUGCUCACCUGGGGGGAACCUCUCCAACAUCUUCGCUCUGGCCAUGAAGGGGGACAUGAACCUCAGCAUCAUGAUGACCACCUGCUCCACCUUCCUUGCUCUGGGCAUGAUGCCCCUCCUCCUAUACCUUUACUCCAGGGGUAUCUAUGAUGGGACCCUGAAGGACAAGGUGCCCUAUGACAGCAUUGUGAUAUCACUGAUCCUGAUUCUCAUUCCCUGCACCAUAGGCAUCAUCCUCAACACUAAACGGCCACAAUAUGUGCGCUAUGUCACCAAGGGAGGAACGAUCCUCUUGAUUUUGUGCGCUAUUGCUGUCACAGUGCUCUCUGUCCUCAACGUGGGCAAGAGCAUCUUGUUCGUCAUGACGCCACACUUGGUGGCCACCUCCUCCCUUAUGCCUUUGACCGGCUUCCUGCUAGGCUACCUUCUCUCUGCUCUUUUCCGCCUCAAUGCUCGGUGCAGUCGCACUGUCUGCAUGGAGACUGGAUGCCAAAACGUUCAACUCUGCUCUACCAUCCUCAACGUGACCUUCCCCCCUGAAGUCAUUGGACCACUCUUCUUCUUUCCUCUCCUCUACAUGCUUUUCCAGCUUGGAGAAGGGCUUCUCUUCAUUGCCAUCUUUCGGUGCUAUGAGAAAACCAAGCUUUCCAAAGAUAAAAUGAAAACGAUCUCCGCAGCUGAUUCAACAGAAGAAACCAUUCCCACAGCACUGGGAAAUGGCACCCACAAAGGGGAGGAGUGCCCCCCAACACAGCCUAGUGUUGUCUAGC